UUGAAGCAGUCACAGAUCACAAGUAAUAAGAGAAUAUUUUAUUACAUUCUACGUUGUUCAGGAAAAAAAGAAUCGUUUUGCACAAUGAGGACUCUAAUUCUGGUGAUCGGCCUGGUGGGUCUUUGUUCCUGUUUUCCGGUUUCUGAGGACCACCACAUCGAAGAGCGGUCAGCAAGUGAUGAGGGCUUCAGAUUCAGACCAUAUCCACCUCCUUUCUAUCCAUCCAUUCCAUCCUACCCAUCCAUUCCAUUCAAUCCAUCCAAUCCAUCACAAGGAAAUGAUCUGAUUUCCUUACUUACUCUCCUUCGAAUGCUUCCUUUUCUGACUCCUGUUCCAGCUCCAGCCCCUGCUCCAGCUCCAGCUCCAGCACCAGCUCCCGCCCCCGCCCCCGCCCCUGCUCCAGCCCCUGCUCCAGCCCCUGCUCCAGCUCCAGCUCCAGCACCAGCUCCCGCCCCCGCCCCCACCCCUGCUCCAGCUCCAGCUCCAGGAGGAGGUUAACGCGAUCGAAACAGUCUGAAUUAUCUUAAAUUAUGUUUUGUCAAGACAGACUCUGUUCAGACUGUGAAUUUAUUAAAAUAAAUACAUUU